AUGAUCCUCUCGGCGAGCGCUUUCAGGCACCAAACUCUGAGAUUGCGUCCACGGGGGUGUGGCGGGCUGAGGGGCCCUGCGGCCCUAAAUGGGCUUUCUCCAGGCAGAGCCGUUUCCUCCACCGCAGGGACCACGGGCGUAGCUCUUCCUUUGCUUGCUUCUCUUCCACACCUGCGAGCAGGCACCUCCGUGCAGCAGGCACCCCGCCGGCCUGGUCUCCAAAGGAUCCCCGAACCCAGGGUGAGCUUGUCGGCCACAGACUGUUACAUUGUGCACGAGAUCUACAAUGGGGAGAACGCCCAGGACCAGUUUGAGUAUGAGCUGGAGCAGGCCCUGGAAGCCCAGUACAAGUACAUCGUGAUCGAGCCCACCCGCAUCGGAGAUGAGACCGCUCGCUGGAUCACCGUGGGCAACUGUCUGCACAAGACCACCGUGCUGGCCGGCACCGCCUGCCUCUUCACGCCCCUGGCACUGCCCCUAGAUUACUCCCACUACAUCUCCCUGCCCGCGGGCGUGCUGAGCCUGGCCUGCUGCACCCUCUACGGCAUCUCCUGGCAGUUUGACCCCUGCUGCAAGUACCAAGUGGAGUACGACGCCUAUAAACUGUCCCGCCUGCCCCUGCACACACUCACCUCCUCCACCCCCGUGGUGCUGGUCCGGAAGGACGACUUGCACAGGAAGAGACUGCACAACACGAUAGCGCUCGCCGCCCUGGUGUACUGUGUAAAGAAGGUGUACGAGCUCUACGCCGUAUGAUCGCACGGCCCGAGCGAGCAGGCCGCCGGCCCACGGAGACAGCCGACGGUGCAGGUCGCGCAGGGACAUUUUUUGCUCCAUGAGGCAACAGAGCCCGGGAAGGUGUUUGGUUUAAUAGUUGUUAUUUUUAAAAAUAACACAGAUCACAAAUGUACCAAGGGUUUUUUCAACUCGCCACACUGAGCUGUGGCCUUCCGCAGCCCACAGGGAGUCUGCGGCCGUGGAUCCUGACGGCAUGGAAUGUUGAUGGAAGCUGAGGGGUGUGUGCGCGCCGGGUGGGGGUCUUGAAGUUGAUUGUUUAACUACCUUCCAGAGCCAACCAGAAGCAAUUGACCAUUAAAAUGAUGAGAAUUUCAACUCCAGGUGUCUUUGCUUUUCAUGACUGUGCCGGUAGCUGCUGCCGUCGGCCCGUGGAUGGGCAGCAGAGGCCGCCCUGCGUCUGGCUGCAGCCUGUGCCAGCAUGGGACUAGAGCAGGCCCUGAACAGGGCAGGCCUAGACCCACCCAGCGCCAUCUCCGGUCUCACCCAGCCUGGUUCCCAGGCCAGCACUGCUCACUGCCGUGCAGGGAUGGGGCAGGGGAGGGUGACAGGCCUGGAGGUCGCCGGGUCCCUGGUGCAUGUGGAGAACUGGGGUGUGACCUCUUGCCCAGAUGUGGGUUUAGGACACGAGAAGCUCAUGCCUGCACAUACUGAAAGCACUGAAGCUGUUCCUGACGUGGCCUGAACAGGCCUGUUCCGCGGCGCCGAGUCCUGUGCUGCUCCCACCCCGAAAGGCCUGUGAGCGCCGUCUCCCACGUUCCCUCUAAGCCUUUGCGUAAACGGAAAUGAUCCCUCCAAGAAGGUGGGCCCCUGCCUUAAUGGCAGCUUUCCUAACCUGCUCCCGGCCAUCCGUGAAGAGCUGUGGAGCACUUCCGGAGUAAGGCCCAUCUGGAAGGUCCCACUGGAGAGCAGUGACGAUCUGUACGAAGCCUCGGGUGAUGGACAUUUUUCCAGGGGGGACCCAGAGCUUUAAAGAUGGAAGGGACCCGUGGUGGGGCAAGCAUUUGAGAUCUUGCUCCUGGGCAGUGUUGUCAGUCUGGUUCAGAUAAACGCUUAAAAAUUCAAAGACAAAACAGAAGGAACCCCCGGCCGCCCAGCUUGAGAAGCUGCCUUAAUUGUACGGCCCUGGAGACACUAAGACUCAGCUGAGUGCCGGGGCCAGAAACGGUGUUGGGUAAACACUGCCGUUUCCAUGGAGGUCUGGUCACCGGACCCAGGUCAAUGGGCAGUGAGCCCAGACAGCCCUCAGCUCCACGGUGUGAGGCCCGCAACGACUGGGCUGCCUGACUGCUGGCCCCUGAGCCUGCUGGGCGGGAAUGGUCGGUGCUUUCCCAGGAGCCCAGAUUUGGACAGGGAGCCCCCGGCCCUGCCUGCAAGUCAGAUUUCACGGGGCGGCAGACAGACACCCCAGGUCUGCUGAGCAGGAGCCCUCACCAGACACGGAGGCCAGGGACGAGGGACAAAGUGAUGGCUGUCGGGUGUCCAUGGAGUGAGCACAGACUCUAGCUGAGCGGUGCCCCAGGCAGGGAAGGAGCCGUAGAGCCACCUCCCACACAGGGGUGUCCGGCCCUCUGCUGGUGCCACCUUCCCCCUGGACACAGCUGACACGGGUAAUGCUCACGUUCCAGGCCACAGCACUCUGAAGAAACGAAGUCGCUGCCACCUGAGAGGAGGUAGAGGCCAGGUGAGGUGGGCCGCCUCUGCAAGCCCACAGGCAUGAGUCCGUGUGUGUGUGUGUGUGACGAGGUCAUGCAGUUGACCUAGUACCCGAGUCCGGUUUUAACUACCCGCCUCUCCCAUUUCAGGGAAGAGCAGACCCCGGCAAGCUUGGACGGUCUCUCCUUGGUCCCGUCUGUCAGCUCCCGCCAGAGCAGUGUGCACAUCUGGUUCGGCAGCUGGUCCAGUGCUGCUGGGAGCCGGCCGAGUGCACCUCACACGAACCGCUGUCCCUCGGCACAGGUGUGCACGGCCUCGGUCGGGAAAAACUCGGUUUUGUUUUCAGCCUCUGAUUUUGGCAUAAAGCACAGGACAGCUUGCCUUUACCCUCGGACCAGUGAAACACCAAGAGUCUUGUAAAGUGGACCGUGUCUUUGAACUUUAUCUGAAGGCAGAACUAAGUCAGAAUCGUCCUUUUCCAACCUACCCAUCUGAAGUCAAGAAUAAAAGAUGGGAAAACCACCUCCAAGGACACGAGAGAAACUGGACACCACUACCCCUGGUGGCAGACAUUCAAACGUGGGUUUGAGCCAAAGGCCCAGCUCCCUCUCUGGGGUGCUCUUGUGCGGGGUGCACUCACCCUCAGCAAGUGCUCGCUGCCAUCCACGUCACAGCCCCAGCAGCCCCCCUUUACCGCCUGCUCUCAGGGAGGGCGCCCCGGAGGGCUGAGGUGUCCCCUGGGCAUCAGAGGGCCCUGAGCCACUGGCCCUUCAGUCCUCUUCCUAGUCGCUGAGGCCAGAGCACCGGUGGAGCGAGCACACCUGUGGAACCUCGGACCCUGCCGGCCCGAGAGCUGGGCAGACAGUGGGCCCAGCUAGUUUUAUGGAUUUGUUUGUGUUCUGUUACUUUCUAUUUAUACGGUAGAAUACAAAGUUUCUACAUUAAGCCUUAAACAGUGAGCAGCGUAAGUAAAAAAAAAAAAAAUGUUAGGCAGUUCAACCCAUAGGGUUCAGUGGUUGAGCAUCGACCUAUGAGCCAGGAGGUUUGAUUCCUGGUCAGAGCACAUGCCCGGGUUGCAGGUUCCAUCCCCAGGGUGAGGUGCAGGAGGCAGCUCAUCAAUAAUUCUCAUCAUUGAUGUUUCUCUCUCUCCCUCCCCCUCUCUGAAAUCAACAAAAAUAUAUUUUAAAAAUAAUAAAAGAACGUUAGGCAAGUA